UCACUUUAUUAUGGCAUUUAAUUCUUAUGUAUAAAUUCUUACAUUGUAUUUUUUUAAUUGUUGUGUAGAUGAUCCGGAAAGGCCUGUUUAAAGACCAACAUUUCGACCAGAACUUGAACUUCCUGUAUAUAGAGGUAGACAAAGUGACUGAAAGGGAGAAGGUAACCGUGAUGAGCACCAUUAACCCCACUAAAGACCUGCUCGCAGACAUGAUCGGAGGUCAGCGGUUACCUGAGGAUCAGAGAAAGAAGGUCAUGCAGCUUAAAGAUCUGUUGGAUGGUACUCUGAUGCUGGACCCAGCUAAACGCAUCAGCAUCAACCAAGCCCUACAGCACCCUGCCCCCUUUCAGAAGAUAUGA